AUUUUCCUUAUACAUUACAGAUUUCACUGGUAAACAAUGUUUUGAAGUAUGGAAUCAAUGAAUUGAAACUGCGGUUCAGAACCAGAUUGUCGACUCACCUGUAUGAUAACUAUCUCAAGGGCUUUACAUAUUACAAAAUGAAUAACCUGGAUAAUAGAAUCAGCAAUGCGGAUCAGCUUUUGACUCAGGAUGUAGAGAAGUUUUGCGACUCGGUGGUUGAGUUGUAUUCCAAUAUUAGCAAGCCAGUAUUGGAUAUUUUGAUAUAUGUGCAGAAACUGACUCAAGCUAUUGGUGCUCAGGCUCCUGGUGUGAUGAUCCUUUAUCUCCUCAUCUCUGGAAGUCUCUUGACCCAUUUGCGCCGUCCCAUCAGUCGGUUAACGGUAACAGAGCAGCGACUUGAAGGAGAGCUUCGGUUUGUCAACUCUCGACUCAUUACCAAUUCUGAAGAAAUUGCAUUUUACCAAGGAAAUGAACGAGAAAAGAAGAAUAUUGAUUCUUCGUUCAACAGACUUGUUAAUCAUCUACGUUGCUUCAUUUCCUUCCGGUUCAACAUGGGAUUCAUUGACAACAUCAUUGCCAAGUGUGAGUAUUCAUUGUUUGUAUUUUGUUUGGGAUUAUUUGCAUAUAUUUGUAUGUGAGUGUCACAUCACUUC